AUGACGUCGACAAAAUGGUUCAUGUGCGUGGUUGCGCUAGUGUGUGUGAGCGUACGUUACGCGAACUCUGCACCUACGCCUACGCCUGAGGAGGAAUACCCACCACAGCCAUAUGAAUAUAAAUACGACGUAGAAGACCCCGAAAAAGAGUUAUAUUUCGGCGCGAACGAGACAGGAGACGCACAAGGCAAAGUGGUUGGCGGUUACCGAGUUUUGUUACCAGACGGUCGACUAAUGGUAGUAGAAUACACCGUUGAAGGAGACAGCGGAUUCGUACCGAAAAUCAGUUUUCAAGAAAAUGCCAGUCCUUUUAACAAGGGAAAGUAG